AUGGCCUCCUUUCCGACCGCCGUGCGGUCAACCCAGAAGGCUGCGCACAAUGUCCUGAGAAGGCAGCCCAUUUCUGAUGUUGCCAUCACCCGGACGGGCAAGCCUAUCCUACGAACGCAGGGCGGAAGACACUCCCUCGGCGGACACACUGCGACGGUAUUUGGCGCAACGGGCCAAGUUGGACGGUACAUCGUGAACAGACUUGCCCGCCAGGGAUGUACGGUCGUCAUUCCCUUCCGUGAGGAGAUGGCCAAGCGGCAUCUCAAGGUCUCGGGUGAUCUGGGCAGAGUCGUCUUCAUUGAGUACGAUCUCCACAACACCCAGUCAAUCGAAGAGAGCGUCAGACAUUCGGAUGUAGUUUACAACCUGGUCGGCCGAAACUAUCCCACCAAGAACUUCUCGCUGGAGGAUGUUCACGUUGAGGGAACCGAACGUAUAGCUGAGGCUGUUGCCAAGUACGACGUGGAUCGCUAUAUUCACAUGUCGAGUCACAGCGCCAGCCUGGACUCCCCAUCCGAGUUCUACCGCACCAAGGCGCGCGGAGAGCAGGUCGCCCGCAGCAUUUACCCCGAGACGACUAUCGUGAGACCGGCACCCAUCUUCGGCUUUGAAGACAACCUUCUCCUUAAGCUUGCCAGCGUUAUGAACCUGUUCACUGCCAACAACAUGCAGGAGAGAUUCUGGCCCGUUCACUCUAUCGACGUAGGUCAGGCUCUCGAGCUGAUGCUCUACGAUGACAGCACCGCUGGCCAGACUUUCGAGCUGUACGGUCCCAAGAACUACUCCAUGGCCGAAAUUGCUGAGUAUGUCGACCGCGAAAUCUUCAAGAAGCGCCGACACAUCAACGUUCCGAAGAAGGUCCUCCAGCCUGUUGCCGGGCUGUUGAACAAGUUCCUGUGGUGGGACGUCAUGUCCGCCGACGAGAUCGAGCGUGAGUUCAUCGACCAGGAAAUCGACGAGACAGCAAAGACGUUCAAGGACCUCGGCAUUGAGCCCGGUGACAUCGCCAAGUUCACCUACCACUACCUGCAAGGAUUCCGCAGCGGCAACUUCUACGACCUCCCCCCAGCAACAGAGAAGGAGAAGAAGGAGGAGCGCAAGUACCUGCACGUUCUUGACGACCAAGUGUAA